CGUUUACACUAUUUAACUUGUUUGUGCAUAGAACCCCUUUUUUGAUAAAUUCCUGCACUUACACCAACACAACACACAUAAGAGAAGGCCGAAUUAGGAUCGCGAUUUGGAUAGCUAUUGUCUACAAUACUCUGUUAAGUUAAAGACGACAGAUGAGGAAACGAACGGCGAUGGCAUGGGGCGUUGCGAUCGUAUGCUUCGUAGUACUGAUGUUAGUUACUCCCGCAAUUCCUCAGUCCCAGGAAUAUCAUGAUUUUGCUGAUAAUCGUGAUUUUUUUGGAAUACCAAAUGCAUUGAACGUGAUUUCCAACGUGCCUUUCUUCUUUGUGGGUCUAGUAGGCCUUGUACUUUGCUAUUAUGGGAACUACUUUAAGCUAAGCUUGAAGGGCGAGCUUUGUGGCUGGACAUUGUUCUUCAUUGGUGUUGCAGCAGUUGCUUUUGGUUCCUCUUACUAUCACCUGAAACCUAAUGAUGCCCGCCUUGUGUGGGACCGCUUGCCGAUGACUGUGGCCUUUACCUCAAUCAUUGCUAUUUUUAUUAUCGAGAGAGUAGAUGUGCACAAAGGAACCUUGUCCAUUUUACCCCUGCUCUUGGCAGGUGUUGUCAGCAUUUUGUAUUGGAGUGUCAGUGUGAACUGUGAUCAAAUUUCUGCCAUGGCGGAGUUCUACCAAACCGCCAUUAUAUAUGUUUGUGAAGGAUGGCGGUGCCACAGGCCACCGUGGUUUUUCGACGACCUUCGUCCUUAUGCCUUGGUCCAGUUUGUUCCAUGCAUAGCAAUCCCAGUAAUGGCUAUAUUAUUACCUCCAAUGUACACACAUUCCACAUAUUGGCUCUGGGCGGCAGGGUUCUAUCUCCUAGCUAAGAUUGAAGAAGCAGCUGAUAGACCUAUUUAUAAUUUAACCCAUCAUAUUGUGAGCGGGCACACACUUAAGCAUUUAUGUGCUGCUAUGGUCCCAGUGUUCUUAACUCUUAUGCUUGCGAAGAGGGAGACCAUGGAAGAGAGGGUCAGUUUACUACAGAUGUGGAGGGUAUUAUGGACCAAGGUUAAAGAAAACGGCACUAAUGUAGAGAAUGUCUCGUAUCAGUAUUCUGUUGUCCCUGUGGAGGAAUCAAGAUAAUUGAAAACCACUGGGGAAAAAGUUUGUUGGAAUCAAGAUAAUAUGUAUAGGGGAAAAAGUUUGUGUUUUGAUGAUAGAUUUGAGGACUCAACCCUGACGUUGUACAACACUACAUAGAUUUGAUGAUAGAUUUGAGGACUCAACCCUGAUGAUAGAAAAAAAAUUGAUGUUUCUUUUAAAGAAUGAUGAAAAAGAUGUAAGGGUUUUAAUUUUGUGCCCAAAUAUUUUUAAGUAGAGAUUAUCUUAGUGGCUUCAUGGGUCAAAUGCAAAAAUUGGAUAGUUUCCGAGCCUUGGCUGAAUUGACAAUU